CUGUCUGCUGACAGGUAGGAAAUGCAAAUAGAGGCAGAGAGAGCUGCUGCUCGCUCUCAGUAGCCUAUAUCACACACUUUCAAUCUUUGAAACCAUUUGCAUCCAGAGGGACUGAAACAAAGAGCUCUCCUCAUGACUUGAGCUGUGAGGUCUGAGCCCACACCAUAACCAUGAGUUUUCUUGGAAAACUGAAGAACCGUGGACCUCCAGCCCCUCCAAGGAGAACAGACAACAACGCAGGGUUUCAAUGGCCACAAGAUGAAUUUGAUGAUGAAGACGGGGACAUGUAUGAAGUUCCUCCCUGUGAGCGUCAGCCUGUCAAGGUCCCACAGACACAAGUGCAGGAAAACAUUUACUUAGAAAGGACAUCUCGCAAUGAAGUCCCCCCUCCUCCCAGACCGUCCAAAUCCUCGAUACCACAAAGCGCAGGAAAACCUCCAGAAAUAGACAGAAAUGAGAAGCCUGGAAGGAGAAAGAUGCCUGAUCCUCCAGCCCGCCCUGCUCCCGCGCCAGUUCCUUUACCCGAGGAAGAUGUUUAUCUGGAUCCAAAUGUGGAAGAGGAAGAUAGUGAUGACGUGUAUUUGGAGCCAGAAGCAUCCUGCCCUCCUGCCCCAAUCAGAGGGAUUUCAUCACCAAAGCUUCCUCCUCCAAAGCCCAUGAUGAAACCACCAGUACCAAGAGCUGUGACUCAACCAUCAUUUCCUGCUAUUCACGACUUGAAGACCCCUGAAGACAGACGUGCCAGUCUUCCCAGUCAGAAAGCGCUACGAACCCGUGCUUCAAAUCCCUGUUUGCCUCCAGAUCUGGUACCACCCAAACCUAUACCUUCUUUCUCUCCAAUGGGAGACUACAAACCUGGGGGUGGCAGCAGACUGACAAAACUGUCUGGGAAUGAGGAUAAGGAAUGGUUUGCUGGAGACUGCAACAGACAGACAGCUGAGAGCCUCUUAAACAGAGUCAGGAAGGAUGGUGCCUUCCUGAUUCGCUACAGCUCUGACAAACGCCCUCAACAGCCGUACACCCUCGCUGUUCUCUACCAGCAGAAGGUCUACAACAUUCCCAUCCGUUUUAUCGAAGAAUCACAGGGAUACGCACUUGGAAAGGAGGGCAAGAAGAAUGAAGAGAUGUUUAGCAGUCUGGAUGAGAUGAUAUCUUAUCAUAAGAAUAACCAAAUACUUCUGAUUGACAGCAAGAGCCAGGCCAAGCACACUGCAAACCUAACACAGCCUGUGCGACUUUGAACCUACACUAAUGACAUGCUUUGUUGGAAUCUGAAAUAAGGCAAAAACUGGGACUUUUUUUUAUGAAAACAAUGAAAUUUAACUUGUGUUCUUUCCAUUUCUUUCUAUUUUGUUCAAGUUUGUUCAUAUUUUACUACUGUUGAUGGGUGUAAACACUACAAACACUAUGAUAAGAUAUUUUUGUGUUUUUUUUCUCCGUUUUCCAAGCUUUGCUACUGAUGUAUCCUAGUGAGUGUAGCUGGUCUCCUGGAUGGAACUGUAGAAGCUGGUGGCUCAACCUGCUUCCUCUCAUGGUGAAAAAAAAUCUCCUUUGGGUUCAAACCAUGAAUCUGUAACCUGGAGUAUCAGACGGUAGAACAACAAAUGUGUGGUAUUUACUUUUUUGUGCUUAAACAAAAAUAUUUUCAGUCUCACACCUCUUCUGUCAUCUACAAACGUGCUAAGAUUGAAUUAAUUGUAU